AUGGCAAACACGUAUGGCUAUUGCGAUCCAACCUUUACCUCCGUCCGCGACCUCCUCCAGCAGAACAUUGCCAACAACAGUGAGGUCGGCGCUUCUCUCUGUGUCAACAUCGACGGCAGGAAUGUAAUCGACUUAUGGGGUGGUCAUUUCGACCCCGAACGCACUAAGCCUUGGAAAAAAGACACCGUGACGGCCGUGUGGUCUUGCUCCAAGGUGGUCUGCAACCUAGCUGCACUCACACUAAUCGACCGCGGCCUACUAGACCCAAAUGAAAAUGUGGCUGCAUACUGGCCUGAGUUCGCCGCUAGAGGCAAGGAGAAUGUCAAAGUGUGGCAGAUAAUGAGCCACUCUUCUGGCGUAUCUGGCUGGGAGCCUCCAAUCUCCUGGGAAGAUGUCUUUCAUUUGAGGAAGUCAACCGAGAAGCUUGCAGCCCAAGAGCCUUGGUGGACUCCUGGUGAGCGAAAUGGAUAUCACUUGGUGAAUCAGGGUCAUCUCAUUGGAGAGAUUGUGCGACGUGUGAGCGGCAAAUCGUUGACGCAAUUCAUCUCUGAUGAACUUACAACGCCCUUGGGUGCGGAUUUCCAACUUGGCGUGUCAGAGAAAGAUUGGUCUCGCACAGCGGACGUUAUUCCUCCCCCGCCUCGGGAUUUAGAGGGAGUUGAGCUUAAUCCUGUAGCACUCAAGGUGUACGCAGGGCCUCCUAUGGAUGCGACAAUCUCUUCUACUCCUGCCUUUCGAGGUGCUGAGAUCGGUGGUGCGGGGGGGAUUCUCGAACGCGCGCGCAUUGGCGCGCAUUGGCUCUAUUGUCUCUUUAGGUGGAGCUGUCGAUGGAAAGAAGUAUCUUUCUGCCGACACUAUUGA